CACAGAUGUGCAAUCUGCUGUGAAGUUUCACUCACAAAGAAGGUUUGUCAGAACCAGGAGUGGGACGUUCACUUUUCAGCACCCAAAUACCACAGUCAGCACCCUAACACAGACGUUCACCGUGACAUAAAAAAGUGACCAGUACAUGUGACCACCAUGGAUGUACAGCCUGGACAUUGCUGGCGUUGUGAGGAGAAAAUUCUCCCAGAGCACACUGUGCCUUGCAGCCGAUGCCCGAUGGCCGUAUACUGCUCCACACUGUGCCGAGACAAGGACAGCAUCAGACACAGCGCUAUGGAGUGCGAAAUAUACGGGGACAAAAAGUGCAGUGCUUGCGACAAACUUGGGAAAUUACUGGAGUGUUCAGCGUGUAACAGUGCGUGGUAUUGCAAUGCAGACUGCCAACGGCGUGACUUUCCAUUGCACAAAACAACAUGUCGGGGAAUUCUUACUUCCAUCAAGCAACUCUCUUCGAAGCUUUUCAGAUUGAAAGGACAGUAUGGUGAUUUUCCCGAAUACUUUGGGAACACUUUAGCAAGGGACUUCCUUCAACUUGACAACAACGAAUGGUCCGGAAAGAGUGUUGAAGAGAAACUUGAGUUAGAUAGGGACUAUCAUGUCUUAUCUGCUGGUUGUGGAGACCUGCGCAGCACAGUGUUGACGGCUGCUUCCCUGCCAGCCGAGUACCAGGGAAAGCUUCACGUGACUCUUAAUGAUCGGGAUCCAUUUGUGCUGGCACGGAACGUGUUGUUUCUCUUCAUGUUGGUUCGCUUUGCAGACACUGACUACAUCUCUUCUAGUUUGACGACCAUCUGGUACUCACUCCAUAUUUCAAAGAAAGAGUACGACUUGGUCAAGACAAGCUUGGAUGAACUCAUUCAGAUGAGUGCUCAGCAACUCAGUGAUGCCACAAGAGGACUGGUGAGUGUCUUGAAUGAAGAACUUGGAUAUCUGGGCCAUGUUUGGAGAGGAUGGCAAUCACUGGAAUGUCGAAGAGGCAAUCCAGCCUCUAUCAAUCUCAGACAACAAAGACAGGAAAUGUUUGAAAACAGUGACCAAGAGUUGAAGGUUGAACGCUCAGUAUAUUUGACGUGUCUGAAUGCGAAUGAUAGAAAACAGAUGAAAAAGUGGUUUGCGCAUGGUCUGUUUCUAUCCUGUGAGGCCAAUCAAAGAGACAUACCAUUCGACAACCCUACACUUACUGCCCAAGAGGCAAGUAAGCGUAUAGCAGCCUAUGGUUGUGUACAACUUCUACAAAUAUCUUCUGAGAUGCCAAAAUACCUUAUUAGUUCCAAAAGGAUGCCCUUUUCAGUAUGGGACUGUUUGAGAGUAAGAGAGCACACUCCUGGAUCCCACACCUCUCCGAUGGUGAUGUACCACAAGUACGUGACAAACCUCCUCCAGAAAGUCAAGAGUCUCAUCCUUCAAGGAAGGCUCCUUAGCUAUGUUUCCUUGGCCAACUGUCUGGACUUUCCUAAUCAUCAUCAAGCCUUGAACAUGCCCAGCUAUGACCGAAUCUUCACCUCCAACCUGGCUGACUUUCAUGGAUUUGCCAAGCUCCUUCAGAUUUUCAAGCCACUGCUCAACACCAACAACAGCUUCUCUGUCAUUGUCACCGAGAUUGUGGGAUUAUAUAUAAAUGUUCCGACGGCCGACCCAUGGAAACUUCCAGAACCCCAAUUUCAAAAAGUGAUUUCCAAUUACUCACGGGACUGGCCGACAACAAAAGCAGAAUACCACUACAUCUUCGAAUAUUACAACAGUACCCCUCCCUUUCUCCAGUUUCUCCGUGCAGAUAUCAUGGCAGGGGAGUGUGGCACACCACCACUCCAAGACGCACCGUCGUUUGAGAGUGUGAAGAAGUGUCAGGGCAUGCGAAUGCGGGACUUCCGGAAGGAACUGAACAAACUUGUUCCGCUUCGGUGUCGAUUGGAUGUAAGGAACCUCUCAUUAGUGAACGUAGGUUGCAGAGCUGUAGAGUGGUUGCUUCCAAAGACGGAAAGUUAGACAGCAAAUUUACGUCACACACAAAUUCUGCUUUGAAAGAUCUAUAGGAUUUUUCAUGAGUGAAUCUGGACAAUGUGUUAAAGUCAACACACGUACACUCUCUAUAUUAUGUUCGUGAGCCAGCAGGCCUAAAGCAAUGAAUGGAGAUUUGCAUGACCUUUUGAUGUCAUUUCAGGAAACUUAAUUAAGCAAAUUUCGAUUUGUUUAAACGUGUAAUAAUAGUAAAAAAUACAACAUUUAUCAGAUGGAAAGGGGCGCAGGGUAGGGAAUAUCCCAAAUCCAACCCUUUGGGGUAGCCCUAACCACACCCCUGGAUCGUGCACUACUCUUAUGUUCCUGCAUUGC